AUGAAGCUAGUGAUGGUCUUCAUGCUUGCUGCCCUCCCCCUUUACUGCUAUGCAGGUACUUCUGGCUGUGAGAGUCUGGAUAAAGUGGUUGCUGACACAAUUGAUCCGAAUGUGAACAUAAGUGAAUAUCUGGAAUCGAUUUCACGUUUCACGGCUGGUGAAUCAACUAAAGCAGCUAUGCAAGAAUUGAAAGAGUGCUUUCUAAAGCAGUCAAAUGAAACCCUUGCCAACGUUGAAGUGAUGAUGGAGGCAAUAUAUAACAAAUGUACAACCAGCUCCUGGGAAAAGUAUCUGUGCUCCACCCUUGGGGCUGCAAUGCUGGCUAUUAGGGAGGAAUUUAUUAGGCCUUUCAUCUAUUUCACUUCUGGGAAUACCAUGAUUAAUCAGCUAGUACCAAAGGCCUACAUGAGUCAUACCAUUAUGAGCAUUGUUUUACCUAUGCUGUACAUUAUGCCCAUGCAUUGGCCAGAACUGAGUCAUGAGAGACUUGUAUGCAAACUCCAGGCCCUUGGAGCAACCAUCACGGGCAACUAA